AUGGACCACGUAGAGGAGAGGCUGUGUGAAGAGGUUCGCAGAUAUGUUCAUAUCUACGACGCCAAUUCCCGGGACUACAAAGACGCCCAGAUGACCGGAAAUUUGUGGCGUGAAAUCUCCCAGACGUUGGGAAUGGAUGUGGCGGAGUGCCAACGACGGUGGAGGCUGGUGCGGUACAAAUUCGUCCGUCUGAAAAAGAAGAUGGUCGGACGAAGUGGGGAGGCCGGCGACGGACAGAAAGUGCCCGGGUUAUUUCAUAGUCUGUCCUGGUUAUCCCCAUACGUGAGGCACCGUGAGCGACAGACCUCCACAAAUGUGACGGAACGGCAGAGUGGUGAAGGCUUGAAGGUCAGAGCUGGUGGUGCUGGGAGCUCCCAAAACGACGAGGAUUCUGCUGACAUCCGCCGUCUUUGUUCCGCGUAA